AUGUCUCCGCAAUCCAGCCCUAGUCUCGGUGUGACCAAAGAGCUCUGUUCCUGGAUCCACGGGCUGAGACUAGACGACGUCCCGGAAAGUGUCCGGACUCGUGCAAAAUACUUAAUUCUGGAUGGCUUAUGCUGUGCACUACUCGGUGCACAUUUACCAUGGGUCGAAAAGGCUGCAAACGCUAUUUUUGCGAUCGAACCCCCGGGGAAUAGUGUUGUAUGGGGGUACGAUAAGAAACUAGGUCCAUUGCCGGCAGCACUCUUGAAUAGCACCGAAAUACAGUCAUUUGAGCUUGAUGACUGGCAUAUGUUAGCUCCGUUGCACUCUAAUUCCAUCCUGUUGCCUCCAUUACUUGCGGCUGCCAGCCAAAAGAAGAGCAAUGGCUCACCAGCACUCGACGGAGCUGCUUUUCUACUUUCUACAAUUGUCGGAUACGAGACAGGGCCUCGCGUUGGACUGUGUCUCUAUGGAGGACAUAUGCUGACCAGAGGAUGGCACUCUGGAACCACAUUUGGCCACGCUGCAGCUGCAGCUGCAGUCAGUAAGCUGCUUGACCUUCCCAAAGACGUCAUUGAAGACGCGCUCGGGAUAGCGUGUACCCAAGCAUGUGGGUUGAUGUCAGCUCAGUUCGGAAGCGACGUGAAACGCAUGCAGCACGGAUUCGCAGCGCGCAACGGACUGUUCGCCGCUCUGAUGGCCGAGGGAGGGUAUAUCGGCAUCAAGAAUGUCUUCGAGGAGCCAUACGGUGGCUUUUUGUCGACAUUCGGGCAGAACUCUGGCAAGGAGCCUCCAUACCUGGUGAACGAACUCACCAAGGGGCUUGGACAGACGUGGCAGUCGGACAAUAUUCGUGUCAAGUCGCACGCUUCAAUGGCAGGGACCCACUGUACCAUUGACGCGGUCGCAAAACUGCAAAAGAAACACCCCGAGAAGCUGGCUGACCUGAGAACGAUCGCGAGUAUCAAGAUAGAGAUGUCGGAAGCAGCCUUCAAACACGGAGGAUGGAAGGCAGAGCGACCGCUCUCCGCACUUGGAGCGCAGAUGUCCUGUGCCUAUGUCGCUGCUGUCCAGCUCGUCGAUGGCCAAGUAUUGCCUCAAGAUUUCCAUCAGGACUUGCUUGACAGAGAUGUUCUCUGGGCCUUGGUUGACAAGACCGAGUGUUUCCACACGCCGGAGUUGGGCGAGAAAUAUGAACAGCGCGUAACCCUCGCUUUCGAGGACGGUGAAGUGAUAACCCAGACUCUUGCUGCGCCUCUCGACGUCGCUCCUGGAUUGUCGAACGAGGAAAUCUUGGAGAAAUUCAGACGGUUCACGAAGGGUAUUGUGGACGACUGGCGAAGAGACGAGAUUGAGAGGCUGGUGCUGGACAUUGAGAAUAUUGGUGACAUCACGGACUUAGAGGGACUGUUGGCCGGGAGAACUGCAAAUCCGAUCGAGUAG